ACCCAGUGGAGACAGUUACACAUGUGACAUUACACAGAGGUUCCAAACGGAAGUGUGUUGUACCGAAAAUGUGGCGCGAGACAUAGCCAAUGUUGUGUGUACAUACACGGUUUUUUAAAGUAAAAACUUAAUCUAAAACAGUUCCAUCCACUGCAUUUAUUAUACAAUUUGGGAACUACGUUGUUGUAUGAGACGGGCGGCAUAGAAACCGGCGUUCAUCAAGGCAAAUAUGCCCCGUAGACGACAGAGUGUGCAUUUGGGGAGCGGCUCUGAUGGGACUGAAGAUUCAGACUCUUCUGCAGAGAGAGAACAGACAAACAGCUCAGAGAGUGAUGGAAACAUACCCAAGAGAACACGCCUCACAAGAGCAUCUCUACGCCUCAGCCAAAGCUCACAAGACACACCAGAUGUGAAGCGAGUCGGCGACCAUGACGAGUCUCCGCCGUUGACGCCCACAGGCAACGCCCCAUCAUCUGAGUCUGAGCUGGACAUCUCCAGCCCCAACGCCUCCCACGACGAGAGUGUGGCCAAAGACCCCGCCCUCAGAGACUCAGACAAGGACCUCUCCCACCGGCCCAAGCGCCGCCGCUGCCAUGAGACCUACAAUUUUAACAUGAAGUGUCCCACACCGGGAUGCAACUCACUGGGACAUCUAACAGGAAAACAUGAACGCCAUUUUGCAGUUUCAGGAUGUCCUCUUUACCAUAACCUAUCUGCUGAUGAAUGCAAGGUGAAAGCAACCACUCGCGAGAAACACGAAGAAGAAUCAAAGGUGCAGGAGGAAAGCAACAGACACGCUACACGACAUCAGAUGCCCACAUCAAAACAGACGAGAUACAAAGAGCAGGUGACGGAGAUGAGAAAGGGGAGGAAUUCUGGGCUUCCCAAGGAGCAGAAGGAGAAGUACAUGGAGCAUCGACAGAGCCACGGCAACACCAGAGAACCUCUUCUGGAGAACAUCACUAGUGAAUAUGACCUGGAGCUUUUCAGAAAAGCCCAGGCACGCGCAUCUGAAGAUCUGAAAACGCCACAGGAGAAGCUGCGGAUCCAGGGACAGAUCACGGAGGGCAGCAACAUGAUCAAGACCAUCCUAUUCGGCCGCUACGAGCUGGACACGUGGUACCACUCCCCCUACCCCGAGGAGUACGCCCGCCUGGGACGUCUCUACGUCUGCGAGUUCUGCCUCAAGUACAUGAAGAGCCAGACCAUUCUGAGACGACACAUGGCUAAGUGUGUGUGGAAGCAUCCGCCCGGCGAUGAGGUCUACAGGAAGGGAGCCAUCUCUGUCUUUGAGGUGGACGGCAAGAAGAACAAGAUCUACUGCCAGAACCUGUGUCUACUCGCCAAGCUCUUCCUGGAUCACAAGACGCUGUACUACGACGUGGAACCCUUUCUGUUCUACGUUAUGACUGAGGCAGACAACACAGGCUGCCAUCUUGUGGGAUACUUCUCUAAGGAGAAGAACUCUUUCCUCAACUACAACGUCUCCUGCAUCCUGACAAUGCCCCAGUACAUGAGGCAAGGCUUUGGGAAGAUGCUGAUUGACUUCAGCUACCUGCUGUCCAAGGUGGAGGAGAAGGUGGGCUCCCCAGAGCGGCCCCUCUCGGACCUGGGCCUCAUCAGCUACCGUAGCUACUGGAAAGAGGUGCUGCUGCGUUACAUGUACAACUUCCAGGGCAAAGAGAUCUCCAUCAAAGAGAUCAGCCAGGAGACCGCGGUGAACCCAGUGGACAUUGUCAGCACCCUGCAGUCCCUGCAGAUGCUUAAGUACUGGAAGGGAAAGCACCUCGUCUUGAAGAGACAGGACCUGAUCGAUGAGUGGAAAGCUAAGGAGACCAAAAGAGGCAGCAACAACAAAACCAUCGACCCCAGCUCACUUAAAUGGACCCCGCCCAAAGGGACAUAAGCUAUAGGCUCACCAGUGAGCCACUUAAUAAACUUGACUUUCUUCUACCACACCUGCCGGGAUAGGAGUCCUAUCAAUACCACAGUGAUCUUUCUUCUACCACACCUGCCGGGAUAGGAGUCCUAUCAAUACCACAGUGAUCUUUCUUCUACCACACCUGCCGGGAUAGGAGUCCUAUCAAUACCACAGUGAUCUUUCUUCUACCACACCUGCCGGGAUAGGAGUCCCAUCAAUACCACAGUGAUCUUCUAUCCCUAAACCCACCCUGUAGCUGUCCCUUACUUGUUGUUUUGUGUCUGGAGGAACUCUCUUCCCUUUUUACAUUUCGACUUGUAUUUAUAUUUUAGUAAUAUGUCACCAUGUAACCAUUCAAUCAAUUCUUGGCUGAAAUAUUGUUAAACAAUGAAGGUUACAGAAUUUGAGUUGAUGACUUGUUUUAAAAGAUCCACUUAAAGAUGAGCUAUGAAUGUAGGUACAUCUUGUCUGAGCUCUGACACUAGUGGAUCACAUGAGUGUUUUUGCUUCUUUGUCCACAAAAAAAAUAUAUAUAACUGACCGGCUGCAGCAUUCCUGGUUAUUUUAUUUCAUUCAACACAGUUGCGGUUGUUUUGCAGAGACAAGUACAUUUUUUUGGGGAUGGAAUAUUCAAUAAUCAUCAGCAUGAACUUUGAUACCUUAGAUAUAGCAUUUUGUUUCUUACAAGUAUGAGAUACAGUUUUCGUUUUGUAUGGUAGUCCUUUUUGAGUCUAUAUCAAAAUUGUAUAGGUCAUGAAAACAAAUCUUUUUUUUUUUCUAGCUUUAGUAAUAUUGGAGUUGGUCCCAUUCCUCUUGUGAAUCUGCCAAAUGAAGAAAUAAAAAAUAUUACAUACAAGUUAAAA